UGGAAUUCCAUGGGGAGAGUGGUCGAAUAAGCGUGUGGCCCCCGCCAUUCCUAAUAUGGUUUAGCGCAGAAGAGCUUCGGCUUCUGGCCGGUUCCUCUGUCAUUGGAUGAUUAAAUUUUUUGAAGCUUUUCUUUCCCCAGAGUCAAAAUCUCCAAAUUCAAACUUUGACGAUCUUCGUCUUCAUAACGCAAACCGUUAUUCUUUCUCCUCCCCUCUUGUGAUCCGUGGUUUCUGUGGUAGCAUAUUUCCCCUCUAUUUCCGCCUCAUUGCUCCAUCUAUAUCAUAGUCACAAUGCAGCGUGCUCUAUCCUCCCGAGCGCGGGCUUCGGUCUUAUCCUCGGCUACUGCCAGCAAAUACCGAGCUGGUGGACUCUCACAACAACUUCGAUUCGCACACAAGGAGCUUAAAUUCGGCGUUGAAGGCCGAGCUUCCCUACUUGCCGGUGUUGAGACACUCGCUAAGGCUGUAGCCACCACACUUGGUCCCAAGGGCCGAAAUGUCUUAAUUGAGUCAAGCUAUGGCUCCCCCAAAAUCACAAAGGAUGGUGUUACCGUCGCGAGAGCCAUAAGUUUGCAAGACAAAUUCGAAAACCUCGGUGCCAAAUUAGUACAAGAUGUUGCGUCGAAGACGAACGAAUCUGCCGGUGACGGAACUACAAGCGCUACCGUGUUGGCUAGGGCUAUCUUCUCCGAGACUGUCAAGAAUGUUGCUGCUGGUUGCAAUCCUAUGGACUUAAGGCGGGGCACUCAAGCGGCUGUUGAUGCCGUUGUUGCGUUCCUCCAGAAGAACUCGCGAGGCAUCACCACAAGCGAAGAAGUCGCCCAGGUCGCUACCAUCAGCGCUAACGGAGAUACACACAUCGGCAAGCUAAUUGCCAAUGCCAUGGAGAAGGUCGGCAAGGAGGGUGUCAUUACCGUCAAGGAAGGAAAGACGAUGAAUGAUGAGCUAGAGGUUACUGAGGGUAUGCGCUUUGACCGUGGCUACGUUUCCCCGUACUUCAUCACGGAUCCCAAGGCCCAGAAGGUCGAAUUCGAGAAGCCUCUCAUCCUUCUUUCUGAAAAGAAGAUUUCUGCCGUCCAAGAUAUCAUCCCCGCCCUAGAGGCGUCUACUCAGCAACGACGACCCCUUGUCAUCAUUGCUGAAGACAUUGAUGGUGAGGCUCUGGCUGUCUGCAUCCUCAACAAGCUCCGAGGCCAGCUCCAGGUUGCAGCAGUUAAGGCCCCUGGCUUUGGUGACAACCGAAAGUCGAUCCUCGGCGAUAUUGCCGUCCUCACCAACGGUACCGUCUUCACUGAUGAGCUUGACAUCAAGCUUGAGAAGGCUAGUCUCGACAUGCUUGGUUCCACCGGAUCCAUCACCAUCACCAAGGAAGAUACUAUCAUUCUGAACGGUGAGGGUACCAAGGACAGCAUUGCCCAGCGAUGCGAGCAGAUCCGAGGUGUCAUGAACGACCCCACCACUUCUGAUUAUGAAAAGGAGAAGCUGCAAGAGCGACUUGCUAAGCUCUCUGGCGGUGUUGCCGUCAUCAAGGUUGGUGGCUCUUCCGAGGUUGAGGUCGGCGAGAAGAAAGACCGUUUCGUUGAUGCCUUGAACGCCACUCGAGCUGCUGUUGAGGAAGGUAUCCUGCCUGGUGGUGGCACUGCCCUUCUCAAGGCUGCCUCCAAUGCCCUGAAGGAUGUCAAGCCCGGCAACUUCGAUCAGCAACUCGGUGUCAGCAUUAUCAAGAACGCCAUUACCCGACCGGCCCGGACGAUCGUCGAGAACGCUGGCUUAGAGGGCUCUGUUGUCGUUGGUAAGCUGAUGGAUGAGUUCGGCAGCGAUUUCAACAAGGGAUUUGACAGCGCCAAGGGAGAGUACGUGGACAUGAUCCAGGCUGGUAUCCUUGACCCGCUUAAGGUUGUACGAACUGGUCUAGUUGAUGCUAGCGGUGUCGCGUCCCUACUAGGCACCACUGAGGUGGCCAUCGUUGAGGCACCUGAGGAGAAGUCUGCCCCCGGUGGCAUGGGCGGUAUGGGCGGAAUGGGAGGUAUGGGAGGUAUGGGAGGUAUGGGUGGAAUGAUGUAAUCGGCUCAUGAAUGAAAUACGAUCUUGUCAUGUAUCAAAAGUUUGGGUUCGGGAGCAUUGACCACGGUGUUAUGCGGUCGGACGGAUUGAUCAUAUCUUUUUUUUCAUCUCUCUCCUCUCAUCUCCCCUCUAUCCUCUCUUCCUGCACUUUGUUCAUACCUCUUGAUAUCCUGAGCGGCGUUGUAAAAAAGAGUUGUAUACUAGAAGUUACGAACUACGAACUACUAUGAACGAAACUACUUACCUACACUCUGGUAGGUGAUCAAAAUAAAUGAUCUGAUGCUAUCUUCUAUUUCUUUUUAGGCAUCGAAAAAAGCGCAAAAAAUGUGUAUUUACUUGUACCUCUGAAGUGUUGCCUGGUCACUGAUGAGAUACAAUGAGGUACAAUGAAAUGGUAUUGUGUAGUGAUAUGCGAUGACGAAUCCUGUGGCUCAUUAUCAGAUGUAUCAUGUACCUAAGUAGUAGGAUAACCUGCUGAGGCAACAG